GCUCGAAACAAAUUGUAAUCAUCUUAAAAAACUUUUGAAGUGCCGGUGUGACCGCUGCUCAAUAUUGUUGCAAUCGAAAUGGCUACAUUUUUAAACGAUAGUAUCGUUCCCAUCGCCGAGCUGCAAGUUUUUGCAACGUCGAAGAAAAAGUUGUGCACCGAUUUAUCUGUUCGGAGUUGUUACGGUUACAAAAUACGAAUAACAGCUUUAAAUGGCUAUUUCAUGAGAUAUAUAUCAAUACCAUUAUUUGCUGGUGCAGAUUGUGCAUUUUCAAAGGCAGCAGCUGCGAAAAGAAAAUCUCCCCCGCCUCCGCAAACAAAAUUGCAUUUAAGCUCCCUUUUGUUCUCCAAUAGCAGCUGUUUGCCUGCCUGUUCCCACCACCCAACACUUCUUAUCUGAAGCGUUUCCGCUCUUGAUUAUCCAUAAACUCUCGUAAAUACUUAAAAAUCACUCUAUAAAGCAUAUAUUAUUAUUCAAAGCUAGUGAAGAUACACGAAUAUUUAUUUGAAUAUUACAAAGCACAUUUGGGCCUAUGUGCGCUGAAACACUUCAAUCGCGUUCCGUUUACGUUAUCCGCUAGACGACGAGAGCCAUGGAUAGCGUGGAAAAUGAUCAAGAGGAGGUGUCCCAACAGCAGAGGGCGGACAUGCGUUACAGCAGCAUGGCCUCGAGUCCGGGACGCCAGGAUAACAAUAUUACAUAUGAUAUGUAUUAUAAUCACGGCGAACCGCUUUCAAACAGCUACAUGUUAAUGACGUCGUUUAUGCCAAAUUCGCAGACCCACACCCAUUCUCCGCCCACCUACACAGCCCUGGUGGCGCCGCGUCGGGAAUCCAGCCCUAGACUCGAAGCCUUAGACGGGCGGUGCAACAAGUGCAGAUUUUUAACCUGCCGUUGUGAAUCGGAAUUGCCCAGCAGCAGUCGAUAUACGGACUUAACACAGGGCCAGUCCGAAGAGGCUCCACAGUUCGUAGAGCAGCCCUCCUCUUCCACAGCGGCAGUUUCCAAUACCUCCGCUGCCCAUGCCAUUCCACGACCUAAGCGAAGGAAGACUGAACCUCUUACCCUUGAGCAAGACGGUGACAAUGCCGGCGACGCAGUGGUGGCCUCUAUCAGCGGUACUUGGCCUGCUGGAGCCAUGGAGGAGCACGCUAUGGACGCCACAGCGGUGGUGUUUGAAUUGCCAUCUAGUUCGCUCCAGUUAAGCAACAGCUCAUUUGAAGCGGCUUCAAGUGCCGUGAAUGCGUAUGAUGAUGUGACAUCGAGUGCCUCAGACACUGAGCACGGGCAGUUUGCACAUACACGCACCACUAACACUACGACGACCACGUCAGCGGUGCAGGCGCAUAAGAAGACCAACCGCUCAAGUGAUGCCUCCAACUCAUCAUCCAGCGCAGUAGAUGGGGAUGCCACACCGAGCACUAGUGCACAGUCAAGAAGACGGCAGAUUAAUCAAUUCUCUUAUCGCAGCUCAAGAGCUUUGGAGCCGGAUAACGAAAGUAGCGACGAUGGCUGGGACCUGCGUGUACAUAAUCCGGUUCCGCCAAUUGAACCCACGGUAACGAUUAUCCGUGGUAAUAGAGAAUCUAUUGAAUCGGAAGCAGGUCAUACAGACCAUAACUACUUCAAUAGCCGCCGAGCUAUAGAUGGAGCUCCUCCGGAUAGCACCUAUAUGCGGGCAGCCUCUUGCUCCACGGCGACCCAUACAACCCGCAGUGUGGACUAUGGAUCUCAUAAUAAUCAAAGGCCGGCUGCGGCUGGAUCACCAACAACAACCUCGGGGAGGGAACAGGUUCUGCAGCAUCAUCCGGAGGAAGAAAAUUGGCAAAAUCAGUCUUCCCAGGAACAACCUGUCCAAUCAAUGCGAAAUAUAUUCGGUGAUUCUGGAACGGCAUGGAGUCGUGUGGGUCCAACAGACGAUGAAGGUCCCACAAGAAAGAAACCGUGCUUAGAACUCAGUGGAAGACCGAGGACCAAACUGUCAUCAACGAAUUAUAAUUCAUUUCAUCCGGGAAGGAGCAGGCAUCGCACUUACGCGGAACAGGGAAGCAGUUCUGCACAACAUAAUGCUAUAUCUUUGCCACAGUCAUCGGCACCAAGUACAAACGGGUCAUGCGUGAUUACCUACGUCGGCCGUCCGAGGGAAAGGCAACCCUCCGUGGAUCUCAAUCUUCCGUCCACUUCCACGGGUAGGCGACGCAGCCACGACAACCGCAGCGAAGCCGUCGUACUGACUGCUCCAGACUUGCAGCUAGAUUGGUCAUCGGACGAUGAUGAUGAUGAUGUAGUCUUUGUGCACUCCACACGUGAGCCCAUCCUCUCGAUUGAUUUGACUUCAGACGACGAUGGCUUAGCCAAUGAUAUACGGCGGGAUAGAGAGCGAGGGCGAGAACGGCAGCAGCGUGCAGAUCGAUAUCGGAGUGACUAUCAAUCCAACCCUGAUGAGCGAGGUGACGAGAGGAGGCCUGCAAUUAACUAUGGGUUCAACUAUGCUCGCAGAACAGAACGGAGGCCGGAGGCAAGCGGUGAUGGCACAUCAGCAUUCGCAUUCUAUAGUGGUGCUCUGGCAGAACGGCCAGCCAUUUCGGACCACAACUACAGCUACGAGCUGACUCCAGUGCUUGAUCCCAGAAUGGGACACUUUUAUCCUCAACGCUGCUCUAGCAUGGAUCCACAGCGAUACUUUGUUCCGAUAAAUGAGUCUCCCAUGUGGGUGCAAGGUCAUCAGACUACUGUACCACAAUCACUAUUGCCCCCGAUUCUACUGCCAGAUACCUCAUCCACUGAGCCAUUUUUAACUCAUCAGCAGAGGACAAUUACUUCAACGCCAAGCAGCUCCUCGAACGGGCAAGCAUCAUCGCAGCAAUCUCGACGACGACGUAGUAGUCCGGCAAAUGUUUAUCACCGCUACCAUCCGUAUUAUGUUCCCCACUAUGCGAUAACAACACUGCCAACUGUAAUGGAGUCGGAUUAUCCACCUAGUGUUCAGCCUCAUCCCCAUUUUCAGGGAGGUCAAGGUGGAAGCAGUCGAAGUUCUUUAAGUGGAGCCCUGAACGCUGCUGCAGUGGCUGCCACUGCGGCGGCGGUACAGGCCCAAACUUUUAGUGAUAUGCUUGCACAUAACAUAGGACGUGCAGAGGCUAGUUUAGAAGGCAACCAGACGCCAUAUGCUAUGGUGCAGCCGCAACAACCCCAGCGACAAACCAUCAAUCCGCCUGCCCCAGGAGCUGCGUCAAAUGGCAAUCUCGGUGCGGCGAUUUCCCCUCCACCACCACUCGAAAUGUACUCUGGUCGAAGCACCAUACCGCACUGUGGAUCUCCGCCUUUCAGUGUCCGACGCUCGGAGGCUGCAUAUAGCAAUCGACAGCACUACCAGCCGCAACCACAUCAAGGCCACCAGGCGCCACAAAACCAGAUGCACGCCCACAUCCAUCCGCCACAUCGGGCCAGUGCUAUUGUGGCUACAUCGCUGACACCGGCUCCACCGUAUCCAGUGCACCAAAAUCUUUGGUACCGUCAGCAGAGUAUGCAGGAGAUGCACCGCCGUCACAUGACACCCACGCCUAUUGAUCUUUCUUCAAAUGCUCCGCUGCUUACUAGCUCGCUGCGAAACGGGUACCUUCAUAGCAUUUGCAGUUGUGUACAUGCGAGGAACGGCCCGGUCUCUAGUCUGGAUCCCGCUUACUAUCCUCCGUAUGAUGCUGCUGCGGCUGCUCCACCACCAUCUCCUCAACAGCAAGCACCCCCCACAUCCGAAGCUGCUACUAUUAGCUCGCCUCCGCUACCGACCACAAGAGAUUUGCAGCAGCUCCUAAAUCAGCCGCAACAGCAAGCCCGGCAGCGUUCACCGAUUAUGCAACACUUGCGGCGUCAGCGGGCAAUCCAUCACCAUAUGUUUCAUCACCACUACUCGCCGCUGCAUUUGGAGAUUGGUCUGGCCACGCCCCUAUCCCUGGGCUCACGUAUCCUCAUAGGACCUCCUCGUCCCAACCGGGGAGCAACUUUGGAAACAAUCGAGAGGAAUACUUUGCCACACAAAUAUCGCCGUGUUAGGCGGCCCAGCGAGACGGAUGAGGAUGCAGAAAAGUGUGCCAUCUGCCUAACCCUCUUUGAGAUUGAGAACGAAGUGCGCCGCCUGCCCUGUAUGCAUUUAUUCCACACGGACUGUGUGGACCAGUGGCUGGUUACCAACAAGCACUGCCCAAUUUGUCGCGUCGACAUCGAAACCCAAGUGGCCAAUGACGCUUUGGCGCCCAGCUCCAGCGGAGUCUCAGAUGGCACUACUACACCAGCUUUAUGACAUUGUGUGCAUGGAAUCUUCAUGUAAAUCCCUUAGACUGACAUGGCAGGCAUCGAAACAAGAACAAAGAAAAAUAAUCGUAAUACCCUAUUUAAAGAGUUUAACCCACCGCAAUGCACGUGAAAAGGCCAAUUGCCAGAGCUUGCCGUGCUGCGCUACAAAAUAUCAAAAAGCUAAAUCUGGCUCAAUUUCUAUAUCUAAGUGAUUCGGCAAAAUAUUUCCUAUACACAUGUACAAAUUGUCCACGUUUUGUGAAAAAUUCUUGUGAUAAGAAUUUCGUAAAUAUGCGUACGAGUAUAUUGUUAUAGUAUAGAAUUCCCACGAUGGGCGAAAAUAAUAAUUUUGGGCCCAGCUUGUUAAUAUAUUUUUAAUUGUCACACAAAAUACCACAUAAUAUCAGACCUAAAUUAUAAAUCGCCUAGAAAUUAGCAACGAA